AUGUCCUCAAACUCUCGUCCUACUGAUUCCACAAUGCACUCAGACCCAAUCCCAAUCAUGUCCCGUCGGGGCCGUUCAGCUUCGGUGUCUUCCUCGUCGUCUGGCUCGUCCAUCUCGCCUACCGAAUUACCGACUCCAAUUUCCACUUCUACGAGCCCAGUCCGUAUUGGGCCAGUGUCACCUGGAAGCUCCCCAAUACUCUCGUAUUUCUUCUCUCAAUCCCCUACUAAAGCGCCGCCCGGUUCGGCUUCCACGUACCCAUUCAGAAAGUUCGGACCUCCCCCGGUUUUCGAAGAAGACGAAGAAAAGGAGAUACCCGUCGCAGAACAUGCUCGACGGGCAAGCACAGCUGUAGCAGGUCGUUUUGCGCAGCCGCCGCAGCUUGGCAUGCCUGAACCUCACGCAGAGCGUGGAACAGGUCUCUUACGAAGGCUCUCGAUGAGUAGCACUUUCGCCAAGCCCUCAGACAUGAGGUCUCGGUCACCGCCCAAUGCACCGCCCAACUCCGCUGUUAGCCCCACUGAGGGCAAACAGCUUCCAUUCGUUCGAGACAGUCGGCCUCGACGCUCCGCCACCAUUAGUGUGGAUGCCAAGCCACGCAGGGCUCCGUCACCUAUGGGCGAACGUAUCCUGAAAGGUCAUUUCGAUGGCUUCAACUAAUCUAUCCCUCCAACGCUCCCUUCGCUGCUUUCGUCGCUGGAUUUCACCACGCUCUUUCACCACCGUCGCUUAUGUUGGCAUUCUCUCCACAGCAUGAUACCCGCAAUCGCUGUGGGUUGUACUACUCUAAAGCAUCGACAGUCCAUUGACAACUGGAACAUUCUGUAUGCAUGGGCUUAAAUGCGUUGUAAGCACCAUAGUAAUCAUCAGUGUAUAAUAUCCCCGGUCAUCCCUUUCGUCGUCGUCGUCUUGGUCCCUCCCUCUCUCCCCUAUUUCCAUUUCCAUAAUCCACGAAAUGCACCCGACGGUAAAAGACCAUAAUCUGGGCCAUUUUGCCACAUCCCUUUUCGCAUCUCUCUUCGUCGAUUUUGUGUCGCGCUUUGCUUUUUAAGUGGUUGUAUUUCUGUGUAAUAUGUCAGUGAAAUCGUCUAUCUGGCCUUUUCUGCAUGGCUCACUUUCCACCUGCA